AUUUUCCUCCAGUCUGUCUGAUGCAAGUCUGGACCCACAUAUUUGCGCCCCACAAAUAUUAGCAACCAUCAGGUGGCGCAAAGGAAUAGACGUGACGAAUUCUGAAAGAAUUAAGAGGUUUAUUUAUUUACAUCAUAAACGAGCAGCCCCGCAGGAGAAUGUAAACGCGUCCUGUCCAUCAUCCUCCUCCUCAUCAUCUUCACCACCACCACCAGCAUCAGUCCAGAGCGCGAUUAUUAUUAAUGCUCAUUCGCUUCACUCUUCAUCAGCUGGACUUAAUGAGUUUGUCAGUGAUUAAAGAGCCUGUGUGCUGAUAAACUGGGUUGGAUUCUGCCUCCUCACCGCUCUGCCCUUAAAAUGGAGUUUGUGGAGAGGAAGCGGAGCAGGAAAUCUCAGAGCUUUAAACUGGUGAAUGAUGCAGAUUUCAGCCAUGAAUUGGAUGAUGUAGACCAGAAUGACACUGAAGGAGAAGCAGCUUCUGAGAGUGAAGUCUGGUUAGGUGAUGAAGGGAUGGAGAUAAAGAAACAGAUAACAGGCAUGAUGCGCUUGCUGAGUGACAAGACAGGGCGAGUGUACCAGCGAGUUGGACGAGAGGGAGAGACCCUGAAACAAGAGCCACAGGAAGAGGCUCUCAGCCUGCCCGUGGCACAGAGCCCGGCUCCUGAACAUCUCCAGUACGGCUGGAGCUCGGUCCUGCCUCUGGCUCACUGCCAGUACGGUACACGCUCCAAAACCCAGAGGAUGCUCAACCACUUGAAAACUAAUGACACGGCCUUGUCUCCUGCGCCUGCUGCCAUGGCAACUGAGCCCAGCUGCUGUAUGUGUAACUGCAAGAGCACCCUGCAGGCCAUUCUGCUGGAGUUACGGACCAUGAGGAAACUAAUCCAAACUCAGAGAGGGACCCCGGACAAACAGGUCUCCCAGAUCUCACUUUCCUCGUCCCGCGCCUCUAUCUCCAGGAGGAGGACUCGAAAGAGGAGGCCAGGUCACAGAGUGACACUUCUGACCACGGCCACUAAAAAAAGCACACCUCUGUCUCCACCAGCUGAGGUUGAUACUGUUACUGAGAGUAAUCAGUCCAGAGAGGACACACCCUCCACAUUGGCAACAUUUAUCCCAGAUCCCAUUCCAAGUGUGAAGACACCUCCUUCCAACUACAGCGUCACCAGAGGCCAAAGCACCACAGAGCCGGAGGUACAGUUGGCCGAGGAUUAUGACAUAUUUAUUCCUAAAGCACAGUUGGACUCUAUCUUACUGAACUACACGCGCUCUGGCAGCCUCCUCUUCAGGAAACUGGUGUGUGCGUUCUUUGAUGAUACAAUUCUGGCGAAUUCACUACCCAACGGCAAGAGGAAGAGAGGUCUGAAUGACACCAGGAAAGGACUCGAUCAAAACAUAGUUGGAGCCAUUAAAGUGUUCACAGAAAAGUAUUGCACUGCUAACGGAAUUGAGAAGCUUCCCGGCCCUAGAGACUGGGUCCAGAUUCUGCAAGACCAGAUUAAACUUGCCCGUCGACGCUUAAAAAGAGCAGAGACAACUUCAGACAGUAUUGAUAUUCAGCACAAAACAGAGAAAACUGUUGAUAAAGUGGAAACUGUUACGCAAAAUGGUGCUGUUUAUGAGAGAACAGAAUGUCUAGUUGCUAUGGACACUGCCUGAGAAGAGAUUGUUUUGAACAAAAUGAAAUCUCCGACCCCCACAAAGGAGUCAUUUUAAUAGUUUCGUCUGUAUAGACGGAAGCAAGUGUCGACAGAUAUGACUUUGAAAUUCUCAUGGUCAGCUGUGUAACAGUCAGAAUGUUUGUGUGGAAAGAAAGGACAACAUUUGGCUGAUCAGUAGCACCCAACAACUAAGGACAUCCUUUUGUAACACAAUGUAGGCCUACUCUCAUUUGAUCAUUUUAAAGUGGGUCGUCCCAGAUGUCACUAGUAGUCUUCUAUUAAUAUAUGGAGGUGUUUGUAGUUUUUCAGCUUCAUCCAAAUGCUUCACCAACAGAUAUCAGCAGAACUGCUGAAAAAAAAAACAUGACUGUGCCUUUAAUUCACUCAUGCCAAGCAACAAACUGAUGUCAUUUCACAGUUGUGCUGUUUAUUGACACUUUCUGGUGAAAUAUGUUGCAGUUUCUAUAUUAAUUGUAAUGUCACAUUUGCUGAACAUAGUCUUACUAAUGUGUUGUCGGUUAUAUAAUCUGGCUGAUUGGUUAUGUAGAAAUGUACCUUUUUGACUUCCUGUGUAAGAGGAUUUAGUGUCUAUUGAAUGUGUACAAAUGAGUGAACAUGAACAUUGUCUUG